AUGCGCAUUAUAACUUACUUGUCAUGAAUUAAACUGAAGCAUGGCGGGGGAAAGCGAAAAGAAAGCAAAGCUUGAAAUGGUCCAGGUGGAUGCAGCUGAUGAGGACUGUGUGACGUUCGUGAUGCACCAUGAAGAUCACACGCUGGGCAACUCCCUCAGAUACAUGAUCAUGAAGAAUCCGGAGGUGGAGUUCUGUGGUUACACCAUCACCCAUCCCUCUGAGAGCAAGAUCAACUUUCGGAUUCAGACACGAGGUGGAAGUCCAGCUGUAGAGCCACUACGAAAAGGCCUGAAUGAUCUUCAUGAUGUUUGCCAACAUGUUCUCAACACCUUCCAGGCUAGAGUUACGGAGUUCAAAGAGAGACAGGAUCAGCCCAUGGACUGA